AUGCAACGAUCACAGUCAGCCGUCGACGUCUCGCGGCUACUUAACCCCGACAACGUGGAGGAUACCAACAACAACGGCCAACAGGCUGCAGGUGAUAUGGCCACCGCCGCCACUGUCCCCGUGAUCAAGCCCAACGGGCCCUUGCCUGGCGCACAGAGCAGUGAGACCACUGGCGAGCUCCCCCGGCCCUACAAGUGCCCCCUUUGCGACAAGGCCUUCCACCGCCUAGAGCACCAGACCAGGCACAUCCGUACACACACCGGAGAGAAGCCCCAUGCGUGCCAGUUCCCAGGAUGCAGCAAAAAGUUUUCUCGUAGUGACGAGCUGACUCGACACUCGAGGAUACACAACAACCCCAACUCGAGACGCGGGAACAAGGGGCAGCAGCAGGUUCAAGGACAGCAGCAAGCGAUGGCGGCAAACAUGGGGCACGAUGGCAUGAUGGCACCGCCGCCAGCCCCCAAAAACAUCCGCUCAGCCCCCUCCUCGGCUCUGUCAUCCCCCAACGUCUCUCCACCGCACUCGUAUGCUUCGUUUGCUCUGCCGCAGCCCAGCAUGCACCGCUCUGGCGACAUUGACAUGUUGGCCAAGGCCGCCCAGACGCUUCACCAGAGCCAUGGGCCUGCUCACCACGCGCCUUCCCGGCACCAUCCCUAUCAGUCUCACGCGCCGCGCGGUCUUUCCGCGUACUCAAUGUCGAGAUCGCACAGCAACGAGGAGCAUCACGAUGAGCAUUACAACGGUGCUCUGCGCAACAUCAAGCGAUCAAGACCUAAUUCACCAAACUCCACGGCGCCCUCCUCACCCACAUUCUCACACGACUCGCUCUCGCCGACUCCUGAUCACACACCUAUCGCUACGCCCGCCCACUCUCCCCGUCUGCGACCUAUUGGUCACACAACGUACGAUCUGCCCGGUCUCAGGAGCCUCUCUCUGCACCACACCACGCCUGCUCUGGCACCCAUGGAGCCUACCUUUGACUCGAACGCGCAGUUCCACGGUCCUCAUGGCCCGCCCCAUGGCAACCCCCCCAGGAGCAACGGCAUCUCUUUGACUGAUAUUCUCAGUCGGCCAGAUGGAAGCCAGAGGAAGCUGCCUGUUCCCAAAGUGGCUGUACACGACAUGAUGAAUGACACAGGCUUCACCCACAGCGGACGGAGUUCCGCGACAGCCAGCCUGGCGGGAGGCGACCUAAUGGAUCGUCUGUGA